CCCCUCCCCUCCCUCCCCCCCCGGCCGGCCGAUUGCUCGACAAACCCCCUCCGGACCGAUCGCAUACGCCGACCGUAUACGCUGAGGCACGACAGCCAUGGCUAUGGCAAUAACAAGACGACGGAGUACAGGGAGACCUGCUAUCCGUAGCAGGAUACCCUUAGGCUACGCAUACGUGUACACUUACACAUGGAGGAAAGCGAAUCGAGAAUCGGAGUAAACCUUGUGUUUCGUAGCUGUCUACCCUCGAGGCUAGCGGUAAUCUUUUGCCAGUCUGGAUUGCAUAUUGAUUUGACUUGCUUGGUGUAUCAGUUGCACGUUGGUGCCCAAUUUGGCCUUUUGAUAUUGUGGUUCCAGCCAUGCAGCUACGGACCUGCCGUUUUGGCGUUUUCGGUGGGGCAGCUGAGCCGCAGCACCAUCCCCAACCACGCGACACAUUCAAUGACGGAAUUGAAUCAAGGGCGGGCCCGACCAUUGGGAAUCGACGACGGUUGAUUGACGCCUUCAAAUCCGAAGAUCAUCUGCACUCUCGCGAUACACCCCCCAUCUUAUAUAUGCACUUUUCACCUUGGUCAAUCAACCACACUUACAAAAAAAAAAAACCAUCCACAUCCGCAAUGCCAAACAAUCACAUGCAAGCCACAGCGACAGCAGCGCCGGUGCUCCCCCCACAGACACCACUAGCACCACCGCGGUCUGCAGCGGCGUUCAUGGAUCCGUCCAGGUGCCACCCCGUCUUCUUCACGGCCAGGGCGUGGCGACCGAUAUCUGGCGGGCCAAGCGCCACGUGGCAGAGCCCCAUCGCACACGGGUACGCCUACCAGGACUCGCGGAGGCAGAGCGAGGGUGCGGCUCCGAGGUUAUAGCGGUGUCAGGGCAACCUAUGGGUGUCUCCAUCCCACCAAGCCAUCUACCUAAUCAGUCCAAGUCUUGGAACGCUACCGAGAAAUCUGAGAGAGCAUGGUUGGCAGGGACUUGCGCACGAGCCUAUGCAACAUUCAAUUCGAUUUUCGGAAAUCCUUCAAUUCACGUCUUGUUCAUUCGAAUACCCAAUGGGGAGCACAGCGGGAGCUGGGCAUGCCUGAGUGGAUGGGGCUCACACGACGGAGUCGUACAUCGUGUAUAAUUGUAUACUGGCUUCAAGAGGGAACUAAAUCCUGACACCCACUGAAGGGUCUGUUUCGCCUCUGGUCGCCACACCCAUAACAAAGAAAACGUGUUGCUGCCA